CUUGUUCUUGUCGGGGGCGGUGCUAAUACUGCGUCGACGCUGUUAGCAUAAACAAGAGAAGAAGAAGAAGAAGAAGAAGAAGACGACGCGGUCCGCCAUUUGUGUGUGUUACCUGUGUCUUCACUUUUGGUCUUUUCAUCAGAUCUGUGUCUUUUACCUGCGCGCGAGGCCGCGAGACGCCCCAGCCCGCGUGAUGGCGGCCGAACGGCGCGAGGACAAAGACGGAGAGCUGAACGUGCUGGAGGACCUGCUGACCGAAGCUCCGGAUCAGGACGAUGAACUCUACAACCCGGAAACCGAACGGGACCUGAAUGACAAGAAAGGAACCAAGAGGAAGAGCGAACGCUCUGAUAGUCAAGAUGUAAAGAGGCUCCGCCUCCCAUCAAGCCACGCCUCUUCCACUAAGAGAAGCUUGGGCUCGUCUGCAUCCUCUAAGAAGUCGUCCAGCCCCCGCGGCCGCCCCUCAGCUGUUUACCGCCAUGACUACUACGAAGAGCGGAAGCGGCGACGAGGCUCCCGAGAUGGCGUUCGGAGCCGCAGAGGUGAGGACGUACGGCGCCGAGACUUCCAGAGGGGCCCAGAAAUAACCCAGAAGGUCGGGCGGGACGAGCGGCGAGCCAGCCCCGACCUCCAUGAUGACAACCAAUCAGAGGAGGAGGCGGUGGGAGAGUACGGCUCAGAGCAGGCCUCUGGAAGCUCCUCCCCCUCUGCCUCCCAUGCAGAGGAGGAGGAGGAUGAUGAGGAGGAGCAGGAGGAAGAGGAUGAAGAGGAGGAGGAAGAAGAAGGAAUGGAAGAAGAAGAAGAGGAAGGCGCGAAGGAGGAAGAAGAGGAGGAGGAAGAGUAUGACGAGCGCCGCGGUGGAGACAGUAACGACUAUGACACUCGCAGCGAAGCUGGCGAGUCACGCUCCGCCACCUCGGUCAGCUUCUCUGACGAGGGCGAGUCUGGACACUCGGGCUCUGCAUCCGAGGCCUCAGGUUCCGAUAAGAAGCAGGAGAAGCUGUCGUCGUCUGUGCGAGCUGUUCGUAAAGGCGUGGAAAGUAGGACGCCCCCUAAAGAUCCCACCAGCAGGCUGCGCUACAUCCUGCGUGACGCUCGCUUCUUCCUCAUCAAGAGCAAUAACCACGAGAACGUUUCCCUGGCCAAAGCUAAAGGAGUCUGGUCGACGUUACCGGUCAAUGAGAAGAAGCUGAAUGCGGCGUUCCGCUCGGCACGGAGCGUCAUCCUCGUCUUCUCUGUCAGAGAGAGCGGAAAGUUUCAAGGAUUCGCUCGGCUGGCCUCGGAGUCCCAACACGGCGGCUCUCCCAUCCACUGGGUGCUUCCUGCUGGCAUUAACGCCAAGAUGCUCGGAGGAGUCUUUAAGAUCGACUGGCUCUGCAGGAGGGAGCUCCCUUUCAUCAAGACGACUCACCUGUCCAACCCGUGGAACGAGCACAAACCCAUCAAGAUCGGACGUGACGGACAGGAGAUCGAGCCAGACGUCGGCGCUCAGCUCUGUGGACUGUUUCCGCUGGACGAGAGCGUGGACGUUCAUCAGGUGGCUCGCCGCAUUCGGCACAAACGCAGAACGCCGACGGAGCCGCGGCCUCGAGGCCGGCCGCCGCUGCGAGAACCGGGAAGGCGUCGGCUGGAAGAGUACGACAUCCACAGCAGGAAGCGACCGCGAGCCGACGGCCUGCCGGACUUUGUUCAGCGAGCAGGAUUCCUCCAGGACCCACGAAACCAGCCGGUGGACAGGAGGUUCUCGGGCGUCAGGAGGGACGUCUUCCUCAACGGGUCCUACGACUACAUGAGAGAUUACCACCACAACGUCGGGCCCCCAGCGCCUUGGCAAACUCUGGCAGCCUAUCCUGGGGUGGAGCAGCAGCCCCCCCACCAUCCUCCAUAUCCCCCCCUGCCUCCCCACGAAGCUCCGCCCUCUCGCUUCAGAGACAAGCAGCGUGUGCCGCAGCAUCGCACCUUCACCUCCAGCCCGCAUGACUACGACAUGCGCGUGGACGACUUCCUGCGGCGGACACAAGCGGUGGUGAGCAGCCGGCGUGAGCGGCAGCGGGAGCGCGAGCGUGGAGGACCACGCCGUGACCGGGAGCGUGGCAGGGAGAGAGACAGAGAACGGGACAAAGAAAGGGGGCGGUACCGGAGGUGAUCAGAGGAAGUCCAGGCUUUUAUUCUGAAAGGUGGAAGUACUUUCAGGAGACCAGCUCUGCGACCAGAGCUCAAGGAAGGUCAAUCUGAUAACUGGCUGAGCUUUUAUUUUGAAGAUCAUUCAAACAAAGUGGCAUCCAGCAGUUUUUGUUUAUCGUACCCCCACCCCCCAUUCUGUGUCAGUGCCCUCAGGGGGCAGCUUUUGCCAUGAAAUUGAACAGGAAGUAGAUGAACCAUGUUUUAGUGUUGCUCCUCUCUUUCAGUGUAGAGUUUCUGUUAGUUCUUUCAAAGUAAAAGCUUUUGUUCUGAAUAAACUCAUCUACCUGGA